AUGGAUACGGUGACGGUAUUGAAUGAACUGCGGGCUCAGUUUCUGCGGGUGUGUCCGGAGAAAGACCAAAUGAAAAGAAUAAUAAAACCGUACAUACCUGUAGACGGACUCAGUACGGAGCAAUGCUUAGAUUCUUCUAUCCGUGAGUUAUACACGAACUCAGAUGGCGUAAGCUUCUUACCUGAACUAGAAUCUCCACCGGUAUCGAAGGAUUUUAUGGAAAACUACGCUUCACUAGGGAAAAUGAGGAUAAUGAGGGAGAAUGAAGGCCAAAAAGGGAAGACUAACCAGAAUUUAAUACGAGCAGAGAAGGCAGAAAAGGACGAGGAAGAAACACGAAAACAGCAAGAUAAAAGUGCAAAAAAUACUCUCAUAGUCGAAGAGAAUGGAACACUUCGAUAUAAUCCACUGAAUUCAUCUGCCUCAAACUCUCUUUUAAAUGGCGACGACCAUUCCAGUGAAAAACAUCGCAGGCCCUCCUCCAAGGAAGAUUCAUAUUUGAAUAGUUCGAUGGAAAUGCAGAAAAAAUCCAGCAAGAGAUCAUCGCUUCCUUUUGUGAGAAUAUUUAAAAGUCGAAGAGACCACUCAAAUAAUUCCGGAAAUAAGAAUGUUACUAACACAACUAACACAAGAUCAAAGUCAUCUAGUUUACAUCCAUCUGCUGCGCGCCAUAGUAAGAAAGGCAGUAAAUUCGAUAUGAAUUUUGAUUUUGAUGAAAACUUAGAAGAAGAAGAUGACGACGAUGACGACGACGAAGAAGGUGAUGAUAUACACUCACAAUUUUUUCAAUUAGAUGAUGGUUUUGAUGCUAAAAGUUCCGGAGCCAGUUCAAUCCAUAAAGGCGCCAAUGGCUUGUCCAAUAAUAAAAACAACACUUAUACAAAUAACAGAAAUAGCACCAGCAUUCUUGAUGACCGAGAGAGUUCAAAUGGCAAUAUAGGAAGUGCUUCAAGAAUAAAACCUCAUUUUCCUACAAGCCAAAAAGGGAAAAUUUUUCUAACUGAGAACAAGAAUGAUGGACAAAGAUCUGAUUCUCUGAAUGUCAAUAAGGGUAUAAAUGGAGACGGAAGCAGCACUAGCGGUAAUGGAUCUAUAGGUAGGGACGGUAUGACGGAAACGGAAAGCAACAAUAUUUCCGAUAUGGAAUCUUAUAUCAACGAAAAAGAUUUAGAUGAUUUGAAUUUUGAUACUGUGACCUCAAAUAUAAACAAAACAGUAUCAGAUUUGGGAGGACACGAAUCUACAAAUAAUGGAACAGCGGAUACGAACAUAGGUUCAAAGGGCAGCCACAGUAAUAGCGAUCAAUUGAGUGCUCAAAAUCAUGAACGAAUUACCCCUGGCUCAUCAUAUGGGAAGUCUCUUUUAGGGUCUGAAUAUUCUGAAGAGCGCUAUUUGAAUAACGAGUCAUCAACCAUGGAGAGCGGUGAAAUGUCUCUUGAUUCAGACAUGCAAACUAAUACUAUACCUUCUCAUUCCAUACCAAUGUCCAUGCAAAAAUAUGGUAUUUAUCAUGGUGAUGAUGACUCUACCUUGAACAAUGUCUUUGAUAAAGCUGUGCUGACUAUGAAUUCGUCCCGACAUCCUAAAGAAAGGCGCGAUACUGUUAUAUCGGGAAAAGAGCCAACAUCCUUCACCAGUUCUAAUAAGAAAUUUUCUGUUAGCUCGAAUUUAACAUCAACAAGGUCUCCCCUUUUACGAGGACAUGGAAGAACCUCAUCAGCGGCCAGUAGUGAACACAUGAAAGCCCCAAAGUUUUCUGAUAAUGUAUCGCAUAGGGCAAGAAAGAGUACGUUGACCUUAAAGCAAGAUCAUACUCAACCUAAUGUCUCAUCAAAUUCUCAUAAGAGUUCGAAGGAGGGGAACAUCCUUAUUGAGAAAACCACUGAUUAUUUAGAGUCGAAACCCAAAGCGUCGCAGUUGUCGAACAUGUUUAACAAAAAGAAAAAAAGGACCAAUACCAAUUCUGUAGAUGUGUUAGAGUAUUUUUCAUUUGUCUGCGGAGAUAAAGUACCGAAUUAUGAAUCAAUGGGUCUCGAAAUAUACAUUCAGGCUUCCAAAAAAUACAAAAGACAUUCCUUCACCACAAAGGUCCGAAAGUCGUCCACCAUCUUCGAAGUGAUUGGAUUUGCUUUAUUUUUGUACUCCACUGAGAAAAAACCAGAUAAUUUUGAAGAAGAUGGAUUAUCAGUUGAAGACAUUUCUAAUCCUAAUAAUUUUUCUUUGAAGAUUGUUGAUGAAGACGGUGAGCCGUUUGAGGAUAACUUUGGUAAACUGGACAGAAAAAGCACUAUUCAAUCAAUUUCGGACAGUGAAGUUGUGUUAUGUAGGGUCGAUGAUGCCGAGAAGUCUCAAAAUGAAAUUGAAACACCUUUACCAUUUGAUAUUGGUGGGGGCCUAAUGGAUGCUUCUACUUUGGAUGCCAACAGCAGUCAUGAUACAACUGAUGGCACCAUUAACCAACUGAGCUUCUACAAACCUAUAAUAGGUAAUGAAGAUGACAUCGAUAAGGCAAAUGGUUCGAAAAUUAUUGAUGUAACAGUAUAUCUGUAUCCUAACGUGAAUCCGAAAUUUAACUACACCACCAUUAGUGUUCUAGUGACGUCACAUAUCAAUGAUAUUUUGGUGAAAUACUGCAAAAUGAAGAAUAUGGAUCCUAACGAAUAUGCAUUAAAAGUACUAGGUAAGAACUAUAUACUGGAUUUGAAUGAUACGGUAUUAAGGCUCGAUGGUAUUAAUAAGGUGGAACUUAUUUCUAAAAAAGAUGCAAGAGAGUUGCAUUUGGAAAAAAUGAAACCGGAUCUAAAGAAGCCCGUUUUGCCAACCAUCCAAAGUAAUGAUUUAACUCCAUUAACAUUGGAACCUCUGAACUCUUAUCUCAAAGCAGAUGCUGGAGGAGCUGUGGCUGCCAUUCCUGAAAACGCGAAAGUGACAUCCAAAGCUAAAAAGAUUUCCGCGAAGUAUAAGUUGGGUUUGGCAAAGCAGCAUUCAUCAUCGAGUGUCGCUAGUGGAAGCGGUUCGACGGCUGGCGGUCUCGCCAAUGGAAAUGGGUUUUUCAAGAACAAGAAUUCAUCGAAAUCUUCAUUGCAUGGGACACUACAGUUUCAUAAUCUAAAUCGUUCACAAAGUACGAUGGAGCAUACUCCUGACACUCCAAAUGGAGUUGGAGAUAACUUCCAAGAUCUCUUUACUGGAGCAUAUCAUAAAUAUAAGGUAUGGAGAAGGCAACAAAUGUCAUUUAUAAAUAAGCAUGAAAGAACGCUAGCCAUUGACGGCGAUUACAUAUACAUUGUACCCCCGGAGGGACGUAUACAUUGGCACGAUAAUGUGAAGACUAAAUCACUACAUAUUAGUCAAGUGGUUCUUGUUAAAAAGUCCAAAAGAGUCCCUGAGCAUUUCAAAAUUUUCGUAAGAAGAGAGGGACAAGACGAUAUCAAGAGGUACUACUUUGAAGCGGUUUCGGGUCAAGAGUGUACUGAGAUUGUGACUCGAUUACAAAACUUAUUAAGUGCUUAUAGAAUGAAUCAUAAAUAA